UUUCAGCUGAAUUGGGCCUCAAACAUGUCGCUAACUAUGCGAAUUUUCACAGCAUCGCGCAAUGGUCAGCGCAUGUUUGGCACCAACGGUGCCCGCUUGCUGGCCGCUAAGCGGACCGAGCCCAAAGACAUUGUUGAGGUGGCCAAGGGCUAUGUGUACGUGAACAACAAGGAGCUGAGCAUGGAGUUUGAGGACAUCACCGACCGAGCGGCGACAACGAUGUUCUUUGGCGAACUCUUCCGCGGCUUUGGCGUCACACUGGCCCACAUCUUCAAGGAGCCGGCCACCAUCAACUAUCCGUUCGAAAAGGGGCCGCUGAGUCCCCGCUUCCGUGGCGAGCACGCCCUGCGACGCUACCCCAGCGGCGAGGAGCGCUGCAUCGCAUGCAAGCUGUGCGAGGCCAUCUGCCCCGCCCAGGCCAUCACCAUUGAGGCCGAGGAGCGUGCCGAUGGCAGCAGACGUACAACGCGAUACGACAUCGACAUGACCAAGUGCAUCUACUGUGGUUUCUGUCAGGAGGCCUGCCCCGUGGAUGCCAUUGUCGAAGGACCCAAUUUCGAAUUCUCCACAGAGACGCACGAGGAGCUGCUGUACAACAAGGAGAAGCUGCUCUGCAACGGCGACAAGUGGGAGUCUGAGAUUGCGUCCAAUCUGCAGGCGGAUCAUCUCUAUCGUUAGUGUUCGCUGUACAUAUUAGAAUGUUUUGUUUAGAACGAUUUUCCAAUUAAAAUAUCGUUGCCGUGGCUGCGUCUCAAUAGAC